GGUUAAUCUCUUGCAUCACUUCCGGUCAUAAAACCAAAUGUCAAAUGUCAACACUUUUAAUCUGAGAUUUUAACCGAUAGUUGUAAGCAGAAUUAAUUAUGUACCGAUAUUUUUUAAAAUUACGUCCGGUGUUGUCACACAAGCUGAAGUCCAAAUGUUCCUAUAGCCAGACAACUCUCGACAAAAUCGUAGCUGGCAAUAUUUAUAGUAUUAAAGAUGAUGCUAUUGUUGGAAGGCCACUUUAUAUGGACGCACAAGCUACCACACCACUUGACCCCAGAGUCUUAGACGCAAUGUUACCUUACCUUACGUCAUAUUACGGCAAUCCCCAUUCGCGGACACAUGCCUACGGGUGGGAAUCAGAGGCUGCUGUUGAAAAAUCGCGAAAACAAAUUGCUAGUAUUAUAGGAGCUGACCCUAAAGAAAUUAUCUUUACAUCUGGGGCUACCGAGAGUAAUAAUAUUGCAGUGAAAGGAGUAGCGAGGUUUUAUGGGGCGAAAAAGAAACACAUUAUUACGACACAAACUGAACAUAAAUGUGUGUUGGAUUCUUGUCGUGCAUUAGAAGCUGAAGGUUUCAAAGUUACGUAUUUGCCAGUCGGGCAAAACGGAAUUAUCAGUCUAGAAGACUUAGAUAGGAGUAUCACACCUGAAACGUCUUUAGUUUCUAUAAUGACCGUAAAUAAUGAAAUAGGAGUCAAACAACCAAUUGCCGAAAUUGGGAGACUUUGUAAACAGAAAAAAGUUUUUUUUCACACAGAUGCGGCUCAAGCCGUUGGUAAAAUCUCACUUGAUGUUAACAGUAUGAACAUUGAUUUAAUGUCAAUUAGUGGACACAAAAUAUAUGGCCCCAAAGGAGUUGGGGCUCUGUAUGUGCGGCGAAGGCCUAGAGUUCGCGUUGAACCUGUUCAGAGUGGAGGGGGGCAAGAACGUGGUAUCAGAAGUGGCACCGUUCCUACUCCCCUAGCUGUAGGAAUAGGUGAAGCUUGUGCUAUUAGUGAGAGAGAAAUGCCUUCUGACCAUGCAUGGAUGGAAAAGUUGAGCAAGAGAUUAAUUGAUACGAUUUUCGGAGCUUUGAGUCACGUGAUCAGAAAUGGGGACCCUGUUGAGACGUAUCCGGGGUGUGUCAACUUGUCUUUUGCUUUUGUUGAAGGGGAAUCACUGCUAAUGGCCUUGAAAGACGUGGCGCUUUCUAGCGGAUCGGCUUGUACUUCAGCCUCUUUGGAACCGUCCUACGUUUUGAGAGCGAUCGGGGCUGACGAAGACUUGGCUCACAGUUCAAUCAGAUUUGGGUUUGGCCGCUUUACGACAAUGGAAGAAGUCGACUACACAGCAAAAAAGUGCAUCCAACACGUGACCAGAUUACGUGAAAUGAGCCCCUUGUGGGAAAUGACACAGGAGGGAAUUGAUAUUAAGACCAUCAAGUGGUCUCAACAUUGAACAUACCCAAUUACAAAAUUACAAUCUUCGUAAAAAUUAUUAUUGUCAUAUGCUGCGUCUUGUCUCACGUGAAAAUUUACAACAUAAUUGGCAUUGGUUCGUUGCACGGAAAUGGCAAACGGGUCAGUAGGGUGGAAAGUAAACGCCACCAGUCUUCGAGCUGAGGGGUACAUCAGUCGUGUACCGCCGGCGAAAAUCUGGAAUUUUAAAAAUCCCGAAUCGCGACCGUAGAACCUGAAAAAAUUAAGUCCGAAUCUGUGAAACCCAACCGAAUCGACAAAAACUUCAGUUUGGCCAAUAUUAUAAUAAAAUAAGUUUCACUGUAUUCAAUAUUAGGUACAUCAAGCAAAAAUAUGUUAAAUACAACAGUUUUUUUAAUCACCAAACUGUGUGUAAAGUAGUC